AUCGACGCUGUUGUGCUUGCCAAAAACCUGAAAAUUAUCUUUGACAUCUCCAGACAUUCAAUCUAUAAUCCAGUCCUAUAGAUUGUACUUCUAAAUGUCACUCUAUCCACUCUUACCAUCCUUGUUCUUCCCACCAUGAGAUCUAACCAUCUGGAGCAGUCUCCUAAGUAGUCUUUUAAGCUGGCUUCACCAGUCUGUGCCCCUGUCUGGAAUGGGCUCUUCUACCUCCAGCUGCCAUCUUUCCUUUGGAAUUGUUAAUACUGGUACCUACCUUUCAGAUAUUGGUUUAAAUAUUAUUUCAGAACCCAAUUCAGAAAUUGGGUUCUGGGAGACUCUAGUGCUUUCACAUAUGACCUCUUAUGGAAUCUUCACAACCACCCUGGGAAGUUGUAUAUUUUUCCAGUUUUACAGAAGAGAAACAGACUUGAGCAAUUAGUCAAAUUAUGCAAAAUCACACAGGGAUUUCAGAAACUAUGGAUAUACUCUUCAGAAUAAGAGGAGGCCUUGAUCUGGCUUUUCAGCUAGCUACUGCUAAUGAACUUUUUAUCAAGAAGGCACUAAAACAUGUGUUAAGUGAUCUGUCUACCAAGCUUUCUUCAAAUGCACUUGUGUUCAGAAUUUGCCACAGUUCAGUGUAUAUAUGGCCCAACAGUGACAUAAACACCAUUCCAGGAGAACUGACUGAUAGCUCUGCUUGUAAGAACGUAAUGCGCUUUAUUCAAUUUGAGCAGGAAGAAGAUAUAAAACGAAAAUUCAUGAGAAAGAAAGACAAAAAGUUAUCGGACAUGCAUCAAAUAGUAAAUAUAGAUCUUAUGCUGGAAAUGUCAACCUCUCAGGCAGCUGUGACUCCCAUCAUCGAAAGGGAAAACGGAGGACACCAUUAUGUUAAUAUGACUUUACCAGUUGAUGCAGUUAUAUCUGUUGCUCCAGAAGAAACAUGGGGCAAAGUUCGUAAACUUCUAGUUGAUGCAAUUCAUAAUCAACUAACUGAUAUGGAAAAAUGCAUUUUGAAAUAUUUGAAAGGAACAUCUAUUGUGGUCCCUGAACCACUGCACUUUUUAUUACCAGGGCAAAAAAGUCUUGUAACAAUUUCAUAUCCGUCAGGAAUUCCAGAUGGUCAGCUUCAGGCCUAUAGAAAGGAGCUACAUGAUCUCUUCAAUCUGCCUCAUGACAGACCUUAUUUCAAAAGGUCUAAUGCUUAUCACUUUCCAGAUGAACCAUACAAAGAUGGUUACAUUAGAAAUCCACAUACUUAUCUUAAUCCACCUAACAUAGAAACUGGUAUGAUUUAUGUGGUCCAGGGCACAUAUGGCUACCAUCAUUACAUGCAGGAUCGGAUAGAUGACAACGGCUGGGGCUGUGCUUAUCGAUCUCUGCAGACGAUCUGCUCUUGGUUCAAACACCAGGGAUACACAGAGCGGUCCAUUCCAACACACAGAGAAAUCCAGCAGGCUCUAGUUGAUGCCGGUGAUAAACCAGCAACAUUUGUCGGAUCACGGCAAUGGAUUGGAUCUAUUGAGGUACAGCUGGUACUAAACCAACUGAUUGGUGUAACUUCAAAAAUACUGUUUGUCAGCCAAGGUUCAGAAAUGGCCUCUCAAGGACGAGAACUGGCUAAUCAUUUCCAGACUGAGGGAACGCCGAUUAUGAUCGGAGGAGGAGUUUUGGCCCACACAAUACUCGGAGUUACAUGGAAUGAGAUAACAGGGCAGAUAAAAUUUCUGAUUCUAGAUCCACAUUAUACAGGAGCUGAAGAUCUACAGGUUAUUUUGGAAAAGGGCUGGUGUGGAUGGAAGGGUCCAGACUUUUGGAACAAGGAUGCUUACUAUAACUUAUGCCUUCCUCAGCGACCAAAUAUUAUUUAAAGUGUCUUGGAGUCUAAGACUGCAGUAAAGUGGUAUUGUAAAUUUAAUAAAGAAUAAGUUUAAUUUCAGAUUAAAU